UCCAAGUAUUCGUCUAGCAUCAACCGGUAAUAAUCUUCCAUCGUCAAUAAAAUCAACAUCUAUCAAUGUUGUUGAAAAACUUCAACGACCAGUCCUUCAACUUAUAAUUAAUCAACCUAUAGAUUAUCCAAUUUUAAAAGGUUUUCCAUCAACAUUAGAAAAACUUAUUAUUAAUUCAUCAAAUCUUCGUACACCUGUUGAUCGUCGAAUAUUUACACUGAAAAAUUUACACACACUCGAUUUAUCUGAUAAUAAUAUAACAGAAUUACCAUCCAAUAUGGAAAUGAAUCAUUUACAUACAUUAAUUAUGCGUUCAAAUCAAUUAAAAUCUUUUCCCAAUCAAUUUAAAUGUCCUUUACUUAAAAACCUUGAUUUAAGUCAAAAUCAAUUAGAAAAAAUUGAUUUAACUAUUUUAAAUUUAAAUACACUUGAACGUUUAAAUUUAUCAUCAAAUAAAAUUAAAUUUAUUCCAAGAUAUAUCUUACGUUUCUUACCACAAUUACAAAUAUUCAAUAUAUCAUCAAAUUUAAUUCGAUUUAUACCGAAUUGUUUAGCUUGUAGUGGAACACGUUUACAUACAUUUCAUUAUGCUUUAAAUCCAUUACUUUCAGAAAAAUCUAUCACAUGUAGACGUUUUAAUAAUACACUUGUUGAAUUAGGUCUUCGAGCUGUUAUUAAAUAUAGAAUUCCUUAUGAUUUCAAAACACUUCCUCGAACUUUAUGUUUAUUACUUGAUGAAUAUGAAAUAUGUGCUCAUUGUGCUUUACCAUGUUUAAUUAGUUAUGGUGAAAUAAUUGUACCAAAACAAUUAUCAGCAAAUGGAGUAACAGUACAUGUUACAGCAGCUAAUCAAUCAUUUUCUGUACCAGUACAAGAACGAUAUUGUUCAAUAAAAUGUUUCAAUUAUGGACUUAAACGAGCCGGAAUGAUUCAAAUGUUAUUAUAA